AUGCGAUCGGGGUUUGCCCAACGGGCUGCUCGAAAUACCCAACAGGUCCGCCGUCUUUCAACGCCACUCAAGGAUACCCAAACGAAUCAUGACGAGGAGAAGCAAGAGAAGGAACAAGGCGCCAUGUCUCGAAGACUGGCUGCUUUGAGCGAGGAAGGACUAGAGUCUGGAGGCCGAAGUGCUCGUAGAGCCGUGGAAGAAGCAGGCUUCGACGAAGGUCUCAAACAGGAACUGCUCGAGAGAAUCGCUACAGCCUCUUUUCGGAAUGAACACGCUGGUGCCAUAUCUCAGGCCGAAAUGCCCAACAGCGCAAGCCGGCAUAGCAGAGAUAUAGCUGGUGCGACGCCAUGGUCUGGUACCGAAAACGUCCACGAUGCGUCGCUUCGCAUGCUCAAUGACUCCUACAAGCCCUUAAAGCCUGUCCGUGGAUCAUCUACAGGACCCUCUCGCGGACCUCCCAGCAAGAUCGACACUGGUAGACCAAGGAAUGCUCCAUCAUCAGGCAUGAGGUUGGCCAAUGCACGCGACAAGACAUCCAUCUAUGCCGAAAUGAAAGAGCUACCUGAUGAGGAGAGGGAGAAGUUUCGCAAAGAGUUGAAAGAACGAUUUGCGCCUGCUGCUCGUUCUGCACCCGUGACUCUCAAGGGAUUGGAGUCUCUUGCCAAUGAGCGCAUAGAAGACGCAAUCGCUCGAGGCAAGUUCAAAAACAUCAAAAGAGGAAAGGCUAUCGAAAGAGACUACAAUGCCAGUAGUCCUUUCAUCAAUACCACUGAAUACAUGCUCAACCGGAUGAUUCAGCGACAGGAUAUUGUGCCUCCAUGGAUCGAGAAGCAGCAAGACAUUGUCAGCACUUCCAAUCGAUUCAGAGCACGUUUGCGUGCUGAUUGGCGGAGACACGUUGCAAGGUCUAUCGGUAGUAGAGGAGGGUCUCUGGAAAGCCAACUAGCACUUGCUGAAGAAUAUGCGCGGGCGGAAGCCAUCGACAAUCCGCCUGCGAAGAAGCGAACAGAGAAGAUCAACACCAUCGACAGUGCUGGACAACUUACGCAACUAACACUCGAUGGCGAGAUUACAUCAUCUGGCACUGCUACCACCAAGGACUCACAGCACAUAACAAUCACCGAGACCCCUAUCGACGAAACAGCCCAGCCACUCUCGACACAGAGCGAGUUACAGAUUUCUGUCGAUGCACCUUUAGAAGCUGUAGUAGAGCCACAAAAGGCCUCACCGCCCAAAGUUGCACCAUUCAGAGAUGCAGACUGGCUACGCACCGAGAGGGCUUACCAUCAAGCCGCCAUCGACAAUUUGAACCAGUUAACACGCUCAUAUAAUCUCAUGUGUCCAGCUCUGGCACAGCGUCCAUACUUCUUCCUGGACCGCGAGUUGAACUCGUGCUACGCAGAAGUUGCUCCUCAAGUGGCUGAGGCCAUCAGGGNNGAGCGUGCCGUGGCACCAAAGCCAAGGUUCGAGGCAGCUCCUAGUAACAAACCUGCAAGGAUUCUGGGCAAUCUGGCUGGUCCCGCUAGUAAGGUGUAUGACGAGCAGCGUCCACAGUUUGGCUUCCGAGAUCUCUGGAGAGAGUGGUUCAGCAAAAGUAAGGAGCAUCGAAAAACGUUAAUAGACUUAGAAUCAGCACAUAUAUUCCGAAGCCGAUGGCGAUCCUAA